AUGGCACCGACUUCUCCCAGCGCAUCUGCGUCUUACAAGAAGAAGGAUGGAACGCUGGCGAUAUCGAGCGAUCUUCAGUCUAUAACGUGGACUCCUAAAAAUGGGUCAGAUAGCUUGUUGUCGUUGCAAACAGCGUCCGUCACCAACUUACAGCAGACUCCUGUUAAUAACCCGAAGGUUAUGCUGAAAAUAUUUGUCCACGGGCCACCACCACUUCAAGGCCAGAGCCAGGAAAGCGCAGCUCCGGUUCCAUACGUUUUUACAUUCACCUCGCCCUCUAAUGCUCGCGCCGAGGCCGGUGCGAUCAAGGAAGCUCUGAAUACAAUCAUUCAAAAUACAAAGUUAGCCCAGACGCCGGCACACGAUGGCACACCCACAGCGCCUGCUAUUGCGAAGCCGCCAUGGUACGACGAUAAUCGCCUCAAAGCCGACAUGGCUCUGCAGCAGUCUCUGUUGAAUUCUAACGAAGGUCUAAAGCGUGUUUUUGCGGAGUCCCUGCGAACAAAGCCGGCUUCAGUCACACACGGGCAGCUUGUAUCUCAGUUUUGGUCUUCCCGAAUACACCUGCUCCGGGCUCAUGCGAUAGAAAAAACUCAGGAACAGGGAGCCUAUAACGUAUUGUCAACUGUCAAGCCACGAGUUGAGGAUAAGCGAAGGCUUAAUUUGAGCAAGGAACAAAUCCAGCUGAUUUUCAGCCAGCACCCCUUAGUUAAAAAGGUUUACGAUGAGAACGUUCCUAAGGUGGCAGAGGAAAUAUUCUGGUCUCAAUUUUUCCAGAGUCGCCUUUUCAAGAAAUUGAGAGGCGAGCGGAUAACAGACGCUGACCCGACGGACUCCUUGCUUGAUAAAUACCUGAAGUAUGAUGAGAAUACGGGGCAACCUGCUAAUGAACUCGGACGGGUGCCCCAUCUUAUCAAUCUAGAAGGAAAUGAAGAAAAUGUCUCUCAAAGACAAGGUAAUCGACCUUCCUUUGAUAUGAGACCAACACCGGUAGACAAGGUUCCUAUAAUCAGGACUUUGAACUCCCUCAGUGAAAAGAUUAUGAGGAAUGUGGCUCCAGCCGACCAGCAUCUAACCAACGCUGAAAAUGCGGACAGGGAAGUCUAUAACGAGUUGCAAUUGCGAGAUCUUCGGGAGCAAGAGGAACAGAAGCGUAUCAUGUUGAAUAUUCGUGAUCAAAGCCGCUUCUUUUCUGAAGGAAACGCUGGUGAAAUCAAGAAAGAGCAAGUUGUAGCGAAACAAGAUCCAACAGCCAGCUUGAAUAUGUUGCGGUCAGACUUCAGUCGGACAUAUAUAGAUACGCCGCAAGUUAAGCUAAGUCGCCUUGUCGAGCCUGAGGACGGGGAUAGCAGUGAUGAGGAGGAAUCAAAACCCAAGAAAGAACCGGUUGGUUCAAAGGCAAGUCUGACAAGUGCAAAGUCCCAAAUCUUUGGAAUAAUCGGGCAACGAAAGGCUCAGGCAGACCCAGAGUCCUCUUCGAGUACUUGUGGCCUUUCGCAAACAAUCUUUGAUCGCCUUGCUCUGACGCAUGCCACCACAACUGAGUUUCUAACUCAAUUUUGGAAUGCAUUUCUGUCGGGGAACCCUGAUCGAGCUUCUGAGAUUGCAUCAAUGGUGGAAUCACUUAACAGAGCCAUGGAUCGGAUAAACGAGGUUGCAAAGGCGGCCGAAGCAGAACGGCAGGUCGAACUUGACAAGCUCAAGAAACAUGUGAGAGAGGUAAUGGCUUCUACGGGCAGGAGGAUUCGUCUCGCCGAGGUUGAUGGCGGGGAAAAGGUUGUCAAGCAGCUUAUGGGCCCAACUAUUAAUGCGUUAUCAAAGGCCACAGCCGAGUAUCAAAAAGCCCUUGCUCAGCAGACAGCAGAGGGACAGUCUUGA